UUCCCUCCCUGGUGGACUGGGAAAUUCCAGUUGUCCUCGGAUGACUGGGAAACAUAUGGACUUUUUGGGAAGCGUCUGCCAGCAGUGUAUAAAAGGGAAAUGGAUCCCACUAAGUCCUCACUUCUUCACAUUAGCUUCGAGUGGCUCUUACUGCCUGUUCGACUACACUUUUCUGUCAUCUUCUAAACCUCUUGCUACUAAGAGUCACAAUGGCCUUCGUACCUACAGUCUCCAGUCUUUUGGUGGUCUUUCUGCUUGGUGUUUGCAUACAACUCGACGGAGCUCAGUAUGUUCCAGGAGCCAGAUGCAUUUGUCCAGGAACCAUCAUGCAUACCUCAGAAACCAUUGUGGAUUUUGAAAUCAUUGAAAAUACCUUUUAUUGCGACAAUGUUGAAGUCAUUGUAACACUAGAGGAAGACGGAGCAAAACGCUGCCUGAACCCUGAGGGACAGAAGGGCAGGUUUUUUAUCCAGUGCUGGAACAAGAUAAACAAGGACGGCAAGCAAAAGAAAAGAUGUCUCAAGAAGAAAAAAGAGUGAAAGUGGCUGAGAAGGAGGAGGCCUAAACUGGGAUGGAUUUUCCCAGAAGUCAUGUGACCAAACAAGCAGAAAGGAAUGGAAUGCUUGACUUUGACUUUGAAUUCUAAUUAAAACAGUAAAAUACCCUAUGUGGAUAGGUGGAACCACCAUUAGCUUGAAUUACGAUUACCGCCAUCAGUCUUUUAAUAGGUCUGUACUAACUUUACAUACCAAGACUGUGCCAUUCUUCCUUGCAAAAUUGUUCAAGCUCAGUCAAAUUGCAUGGUAACAGCUUAUGGACUGCCCUCUUCAUGUCAUUCCACAGAUUCUCUAUCCACAUUGCUUUGGUUAACUGUCAUGUUGAAACAUGAACCACUUUCCUUUUAGGAUUUUAUUUUCAUGUUGAUAUUGUGGUUUAAUAAAGCCUGAUUUCAGGCUGUAAUGCAACAAAAAAAAUUGAAUGGUGCUUGUGAUUGAUGAAUGGCACUAAAUGAAUAACAUUGUAAAUAUAAAUGGAAAAAUAAUGGAAAUAAAAUGGGAAAAUAAUGUAACAAAUGCAAAUAACCGCUGUUUAUCUAAAAGUAUGCACUUUAUUGAAGUACAGAGUAACAAUGUUUUCGAUUGCUACUGUAAAUGUACACAAUGCAGGCAUGUA